CGCGAACUUGGAUUGAGUUCAUUAGUAGCUGCUGUGAAUGUAUCCCCGCCAAUCCAUCACGUGUGAACGAGGAGAAGCACAGCUAUAAAGAAAGCAACCCCUCCCGUAACUGCUCACAGCAGAGUCGAAGGUUCUCUUCCCCCAGACAUUAACCUGAUCAAGUCCUUACAGAGGCCACCCCCUAUACACCAUGAUUACCCGCACGAGCCCCAUUCCCAAACAACAGCGCGCUGUCGUUCGCAGCGGAUCCGGCUCAACGGCUACCACCACGAUCCAGACCAUCGACGUAGACCUCCCGGGCCCCGGCCAGAUCCUAGUCCGCAUCACAUGGACCGGGCUCUGCGGCUCCGACAAGGCUCUGCUUCACGACGAAUGGGCCGGCUUCGGGGUUGCAAUGACGCCCCAGGCUAAGGGGGUCGCAGGACACGAAGGCGUGGGUGUGGUUGUCGCGGUGGGCGAAGGCAUGGAGAAUCGCUGGAACAUCGGGGACCGCGCGGGGAUCAAGUGGAUUGCAAAGACCUGCGGUGAAUGCGAGUUCUGUCUGAGCGGCGUGGACGAGGUCAACUGUAUCAGGCAGGUCAACAGUGGUUUCACAGCUCCAGGGACCUUCCAAGAGUACUGUGUUGCCGAUGGACGGUAUACCUCCAAGAUCCCCGAUGGGGUGUCCGAUGAAGACGCCGGACCGAUUAUGUGCGGAGGGGUGACGGCUUAUGUUGCCUGCAAACGGGCCAAUGUCAAGGCUGGUCAGUGGAUUGUGCUGCCUGGAGCCGGGGGUGGCCUGGGUCAUCUCGCGAUUCAGUAUGCACGGGCGAUGGGUAUGAGGGUCAUCGCCAUUGACGGCGGUGAUGACAAACGAGAGCUAUGCCAGAAACUCGGGGCCGAGGUGUUCAUCGAUUACCUAUCAACGCCAGACAUUGCUGCUGAGGUUCGCAAGAUCACGACGCACGGAGCGCAUGGGGUGAUUGUGACGGCUGCCACCAAGACGGUCUAUGCGACAGCGCCGACAUAUCUGCGGCCAAAUGGCACACUGGUGGCUGUUGGUCUGCCUGCGGACCCCAGCAUUCUUGCAGGAGCUCCUCCCAUGCUCUUGUCUCUCAAAAGAUUGAAUGUUGUCGGUACUGUGACAGGGACCUUGAAAGAUGUUGAAGAGGCCCUGGAUUUCACUGCACGUAAAAUCGUCCACCCUGUUCUGGUGAAAGGGAAACUUGAGGACCUCAACUCGUGGGUUGAGAAGCUGGAGAAAGGUCAAUUGGCCGGGCGCGCAGUGCUCCAAGUCGCUAAAAUAUGA